AUCUUUUUUUCUUUCUUUCGCAAAGACCAAAACCAUUCCAAUAAACAAAUCUAUCAAAAAAAAAAAAAAAAAAAAAAACUCAGACCGAUAACAAGACAGUCGUUUAUCUCUCUCUCUCUUUAAACAAUAAAAAUUGUAACUUUUUUCCUCUGUCUUCUCAAAAGUUUCCGCUUUUUUCUCGCUGGAGAAGUGAAAAAAGAAUCAUUCAUGGCUGAUCCGGCGAUUAAGCUCUUUGGGAAGACGAUUCCUUUACCUGAGCUUGCUGUUGUUGUUGAUUCCUGUUCUAGCUAUACCGGAGUUUUAACCGAAACUCAAGAUCAGAAUCUUGUUCGGUUAUCAGAUUCGUGUACCCGAGAUGAUGAUGAUGAGAUGGGUGGUUCCGGUUUAGGAGGAGGUGAUGAUGAUGUUGGUGGUGAUGGUUCUCGCGGUGGAGGAGAGAGCGAGAGUGAUAAAAAGGAAGAUAAAGAUAAUGAGUGUCAGGAAGAGUCAUUGAGGCAUGAAUCUAAUGAUGUUACUACUAAUACUACAUCGGGUAUAACUGAAAAAACGGAGACUACAAAGGCUGCGAAGACGAAUGAAGAGUCGUCACAGAAUGAGACGGGUGGUACUGCUUGCUCUCAAGAGGCGAAGCUAAAGAAACCCGACAAGAUUCUGCCGUGCCCGCGAUGUAGUAGCAUGGAAACCAAGUUCUGUUACUACAACAACUAUAAUGUUAACCAGCCUCGCCAUUUCUGCAAGAAAUGUCAGAGGUAUUGGACAGCGGGUGGAACGAUGAGGAAUGUUCCGGUUGGUGCAGGGAGACGCAAGAAUAAGAGUCCGGCUUCUCAUUAUAACCGUCAUGUAAGCAUAACAUCUGCGGAAGCUAUGCAGAAGGCGGCAAGAACUGAUCUUCAACAUCCUAAUGGUGCAAAUCUUCUCACAUUUGGCUCUGAUUCGGUGCUCUGUGAAUCAAUGGCUUCUGGAUUGAAUCUUGCUGAGAAGUCAAUGUUGAAGACACAAACUGUGUUGCAAGAACCCAAUGAAGGUUUGAAGAUUACGGUACCUUUAAACCCGUCAAACGAAGAGGCCGGAACAGUCAGCCCAUUACCAAAAGUUCCAUGCUUUCCGGGACCACCACCACCAGCUUGGCCAUACGCUUGGAACGGAGUUUCAUGGACGGUUUUACCAUUUUAUCCUCCACCUGCUUACUGGAGCUGCCCGGGGGUUUCACCAGGGACAUGGAACAGCUUCACCUGGAUGCCACAACCCAAUUCACCCUCUGGGUCUGGUCCAAAUUCUCCUACACUAGGUAAACAUUCCCGUGAUGAGAACGCUGCUGAACCAGGAGCCACUUUCGAAGAAACCGAGUCACUUGGUAGAGAGAAAAGCAAACCGGAGAGAUGCUUGUGGGUUCCCAAGACGCUGAGGGUCGAUGAUCCAGAGGAAGCUGCUAAAAGUUCAAUCUGGGAAACAUUAGGGAUCAAAAAAGACGAAAAUGCGGAUACUUUCGGAGCUUUUAGAUCAUCAACCAAAGAAAAAAGCAGUCUUUCUGAAGGAAAACUUCCGGGAAGACGAGCUGAGUUGCAAGCAAAUCCUGCUGCUCUUUCUAGGUCAGCAAACUUCCAUGAGAGCUCAUAAAAAGGAGAGAAAUUUAAGCAGCUGAUUUGAUUGUUUUUGGGUUCAGUCUUGUGUUCCAAGAAAGCAGGUGAGUCCUUUUGUACAUAUAGCUAUAUAUAAAUAUAUAUGCACACAUGUUUGUGUAUAUAUAAUGGUUGACACAGUGAGGGAUAAGUAGUUUUUGGGUUGCAGAGUGAAAAAGUUUGUUGUAUCAUAAAUGAAAAAACCUCAAAACUGUAGUUAAAUAAAUCUUGCAAUAAAUAACUUAUUUUCCAUUCUAAUUAA